CGGACUUCUGCGGAGGAAACACGGAGCGGAGCGGAGCGCGCGACCCACACAGAGAGAGAGAGAGAGAGAGAGAGAGAGAGAGAGAGGAGGUUGAAAGAGUUCGGAUCUCCUUUUUUUUUUCCUCUCUCUCUCGUGCGUGCGCGCGCGUGUGUGUGUGUGUGUGUGUGUGUGUGCGCGCGCGCGCGCGCCUGUGUGUGUGUGUGUGUGUUGUGUGAUCCGGACAUGUCGUUCCCGCAGUUGGGUUACCCGCAGUACCUGUACGGUGUCGGAGCGGCGGCUGACCGGCAGCUCCUCGCGCCCUCCUCGGUGUCUCCAGUGUCCCCGCCGUCAGGCGCGUCCUCGCGCGGGGCCAACUGCGACGUGGCGGGCAGCGCGUGCGCCGUCACCUCGCUGCUCGCGGCCGGAGCCGGCGGUGCCGGUGGUGUGUUCGCGCAUCCGUACGGCUACGGCGCGUUCCUGCCCUACACCAGCGCCGCCGAGCUCGCGCUCUUCUCCCAGAUGGGUUCACAGUAUGAUCUAAAGGACAGCCCCGGAGUAAGUUUCGCCACUCACGCCUCCCCCGCCGCGUUCUACCCCUACGCCGGCUUCCAGUAUGGCGACGCGUCGAGGCCCAAGAACGCGACACGAGAAAGCACGAGCACGCUGAAAGCCUGGCUGAAUGAGCACCGGAAGAACCCGUACCCCACCAAGGGCGAGAAGAUCAUGCUGGCCAUCAUCACCAAGAUGACGCUCACACAGGUCUCCACAUGGUUUGCCAACGCCAGACGGAGACUCAAGAAAGAGAACAAGGUGACAUGGGGCGCGCGAGCCAAGGAGGACGGCGAGGACAGUGCCAUCUUUGGCAGCGACAACGAAGACAAGCGCGAGGACGAGGAGGAGAUCGACCUGGAGAGCAUUGACAUCGAUAAGAUCGACGAGAACGACGGGGAUCGCAGCAACGCCGAAGAGGAGGAUGACGAUGAAGACGAGGACGAGGACAAACGAGCACGUAAACUCCUGAAGGACCGAGACGACUCCCACGUGCACUCCAACGUUAACGCAAACAAAAACAUGACCAUCAUGACAUCACCAAACCACCAGCUCCCUGUCAGCAGCAAACCCAAGAUCUGGUCGCUAGCAGAGACAGCGACGACGCCGGAUGUGUCCAAAAGCGCCGGCGUUCAACACCCCGCCUUCCUCAGCAACCACAGACUGUACACCUGCCCCAUCGGCAAGAUCCACAGCUGGAACAACAGCGCGUUCCUCAGCCACAACUCGCUGCUCAACGUCCGCUCGCUGGUGGGAGUAAAUCAGAACCACCACCAUCACCAUCAACAUCAUCAUCAGAAUCAUCAAACACAACAACAACAACAACAACAACAUGGUGGAAUGGAGAAGGACAAAAUCCCAGAGCAGCUCAGCCCCAAACUCACAGAGCGGGGAGUGGAGUCGCCCACACAGACCAUCACAAAAUCCUCGUUCAGACCCCUUCACGACGGUCCCAGGAAUCCUCAUCGAGUCCUCACGACCUGAUCAGCACACACAAAGACUCGCAAAGAUGAAAAUCAAUCAAUAAAUAUGUAUGGAUAUUUGGAGUUUUGUAAAUAUAAUAUUAAAAUGAAUAACAUGAAUAAUAUUCAGAAUAAUAGCGCUUAAAUUUAUCCCGGGAUAACGGCUAGGUUUGACUUUCUCUCUCUGUGUUGGUGUUUUUAUUCAUUUUUAUGAUUUUCCCUGGAUUUUUGUUUGUUUGUUUUGGGGUAUUUUAUUUGUUUGUUGGUUUGUUUGUUUUCUCUGUAAAUGCAGCAUCUCAAAUCUGU